CGCUCCAUAAUCUGCAUUUGCACAUUUGACGGUGAUUGUCCUUAUGAUGUCUCUUAUGUUGCGUUCCUUUCAUUCAACGUGGAUGAGAAACAUGAGGAGGACGCACGAGGUUGAAGUUCCUAUUCGCCAACUUCGUGUCGUAACUCGUAACUCCUCAGUCCGCCUUAAAUGGUGCAGCAGUCAGUGCAGCACCCUCAGGCGCCACAUUGUAAUUGCUGCACUAUUUAAGGUGGAACGGAGAGCUCCACUUACGCGUUUGACGGUGGCUCCUUUCGAUAAACCUCGGGGGUCGAGAAUAUAAAAGCUGUACCAUUUAAGGUGGACCGGGGAGUUCCAGUGAGAAACUAUCUUCAGUAGGAUGGCAUCCUCUUGCGUUCGGCCGAGCUUUUGCCUGCAGCUCCAGCAGCAGUCAGCGCUGCUCUGCUCAGCGCAGCCACAGUGAGGCAGGGGCAGGGGCAGGGAUGGAGCUGGCCACAGAAAGCCAUGUGUCAUCUGAGGACAGAAGGAAUGCGCUGAUCCCUCGCACUGGACAUGACAUGAACCACUGACUCCAUUAUGAAUCAAGCAGAGGCUGAGGAUGCUGUCUGUUGGUGACACUUUGGUAACACUUGCAGCUGAAGCCUUCCAGGUGCAGAUGGAGAUGUCUGGGCCUGGUGGGAGCCGGCGAACCCGCACGGUGAAGAGGAGGGUGUGGGGAGGGCUGCGGCAAUGGAAGCUGCUGGGCAUGUUCGAGAUCGACCAGCAGCAUGAAUUCUACAGCCUCACCUGCAUGAUGAAGGAAGGACUGUCGGCGGCCGUGCAGAACACCAUCGACAACCCAAUACCUGACGAACUCUCUGAGGAUGAUUACAAACUUGAGGUGACACAAAUCCAUAAGGACUUCAGGAUGGAGACGUUUGCAGGGCCGGUGUUCGCCAGCUUGCGCCGCUCCCUGGGGAUGACUGAGAAAGAGUAUCAGCACUCUCUCUCCUCAGAAGGCUGCUACCUGCAGUUCAUCAGCAAUUCAAAGAGCAAAGCAGACUUCUUUCUAACGAAUGAUAAGCGGUUCUUUCUGAAGACCCAGAACAGAAGGGAGGUGCGGUUCCUCUUGUCUAAUCUGAGGAUUUAUAUGGAACAUCUGGAGAAGUUCCCCCACUCACUCCUGGUUAAGUUUUUAGGUGUUCACAGAAUCAAGAUCCCCCAUCGGAGGAAGAAGUAUUUUAUAGUGAUGCAGAGCGUCUUCUACCCUGAUGAGAGAAUUGUUGCCAGGUAUGACAUUAAAGGCUGUGAGGUGAGCCGGUGGACUGACCCAGCACCUGAGGGCAGUCAGGUCAUUGUUGUUCUCAAGGAUCUCAAUUUUGAGGGACAGUUUAUCACAUUAGACCACCAGCGGCCGUGGCUGCUGCGUCAGGUGGAGAUCGACACAGCCUUCCUGCGGGCACUGAACGUGCUGGACUACAGCCUCUUGCUGGCCCAUCAGCCCCUGCACCAGGACGAGCGCAACCAUAGCCUUUCCUUCGCCACUCUCAUCAUGCGUACCAAAAAAUCCUUCUCUUUGCUCUCCACAAGGCCAAUGGCAGGCAGGUCAGUGAAUGCAGUCUCUGGUCCUGCUGUCCCAGGGGCUGUACCCGAGGAAGACUCCACGGUCCUGGCUCCUGGUCCAGAAGUGGACUGCGGGACAUCCCAGGGCCAUGUCACAGAUAUCCAUGGUGAUGGCUCUCGAGGGCAUUCUCCAGAACAGGGCGAGCGGUCCUCUAGGGCCGGGGCUGAAUCGGCCGAAUUGCGAGAGUUCCAGGCCCAGAACCGGCGGCUGCUGCCAAACUUCAAAAACCCUCUGCAUGUCAUUGAUGGACCCGAGCAGCGCUACUUCAUAGGCAUCAUCGACAUUUUCACUGUCUAUGGCUUCAAGAAGAGGCUGGAACACCUGUGGAAGAGACUGAGGCAUCCAGGGCAAUCCUUCUCCACUGUCAGCCCUCCAGUCUACUGCCAAAGGCUAUGCCAGUGGGUGAAUGACCAUAGCAAAUAGUUUGUGCUGAGGGACAGCAGUAAUGACUGGAAAUAUGAAAUGUGCUCAGAAGCAUGCUACACAUCCAUACAGUGACUGGUAAAGGAACAGGAGACUAUGAAACUACAUAUUUCAGCAAUUUAAGACACCCAGAUAUAAGUUUACAGUUAGUUUCACAGCUGCUGAAAGAGAGUGCUUGUUUUUAACAUUCAUUCAGCACUUACAGUCUUAAAGGGGAACAAUUCUGCGCAGUUCAGUCAUUAAGAUUUAAACACAGUCAUUCAGAGUGGUUUGAUGUGUUCUAGAAAAACCUAUAGGGUCAGAAUGUUUAUAGUGGUGGUGAUAGGAACCAGAGUUCUGAAGCAUUCAAUGUCUCCAAAAAAAGCUACCUCAUAAAACGGUUACACGAAAUUACACAAAAUGGUUACAACUGUGUUGCCUGAUGUCAUAGAGAUUGUUUUACAAUAGUUUUGAGACAAAAUGUUUGCCUAAAUAAUAUUUUUUGGCCUGCAGUGCAAAGCAAAGAGGUAUAUGCAGGGCGUUGUUUUUUUUUUUUUUUUAUAGAUUUAUCUACAUCACAUAUAUGAACUCAGAGGACCUGUGUAGGCUCACUGGUGGAAUAUAAUAGAAGGGCUAUAUUUGCAUUGCACAUCACAACCCCUGGUUCCUGUCACCACCGUAAAGAAAUCGUUGACUCAGCAGUGCACCAUUUUGCAUCAAACUGGUCUGUACGACUUUGUUUACAUCUUAAGGAUUGAAUUAUUAAGAAUCAGUGGAAUUCUUUCAUAAAAAUAAAGUUUUCCGUUAAAGGGUUCUUUGCAGUGAUGUCACAGACGAACCAUGUUUGAUUCCCUAAACAACCUUUCAGUGUAUGGUUCUUUAAAGAACCAUUUUUGUAAAUGAUGUGCGAGUGCUUAAUAAAUGUUCCACCUAAUGUAAAAGUUUUAACACCAAUUACAGGUGUUUUGGAGCACCAUACAGGUGGCCAAGAACCAUUUAGGAGCCUUUAUUUUUAUAACCACAGUGCUAACACAAAAGGAUGUUACUGUGCAAGAUUAGUGGUUCUCAAUCCUGGUCCUGGAGGCCUCUUGUCCUGCAUCUGACUCCACCAAUCAAUUCAUUUACAGACCCUCCUUGAGGUGAACUGAUGGCCUGUUUCAAAGCCUACAGAGUUUUAGGUUUUUACUUUAGUGUGCACAUAUGUGACUGUUCUAAACUUCCAGUCUGUUUACAACAAACAAAUCACGGAAGUGAUGAGUGGAUGGGGUAGCAAAAUAUUUGCAUUUAUUCCUUCAUGCCAGGCUACUUGAAAACGGUUUGCAAACCAGAUACCAAUAUAUGCAAAUGUUUUGUGCUGCUGUUCAAAUGACAUGUUUUGUUGCUUUUCUAAGUGAAAAUAAGUUACCACAUUCUCUACAGAGAACACACUUUUAGUGUGCAAAUACUGUUUGUUUGCUGGACUGAACAUAUCGGGGAAAAGAUUAAAACAUAAAAUAUGGCCUGUGCAAUAAAUUGCAUAUGUCUGUGUCUCUGCCCUGUGAUGGACUGUGUUUUCCAAUAAGGUAAACUCAGCAAAUAAUAGAAAUUGUGCACUAAACUUUGAAGAAAAAUACCAAAUUAACAAAAAAUGUAAUUUGACCAGCGCUGUCCAAACUUUUGCAUAUGACUGUAGGUCAUGUAAGUAAAUUUGAGUUUUCUUUGAAGUCAAAUGCAUAUGUCAGACCCUGCUGGUGUGGGUUUCCUCUCUUUCAGUGAUGCACUUUUGGAGAUUUUUUUUUAGUUUGCCAAACAUGGCUUUAUAAUGAUCUGUUGAUACCAAGUUUAUGCCAACUUAUCACUAAGCUAAUUCAUCAAGAGAGUCAGUUUUAAUCAAUUAGUUUUAUUUGUCUUUUUUUAACCGUGACAGUCUUCUAUUGCUUUCCAGAAAAUAGCAACUCUAGCACACAUAGCAGCUACCAAACACACAAAAACAUAGCAUUGCUGACCAUAAGUUAAACUAACUAACACCCAUUUCUUGUUUAAUUCGAAUUUUAAAGUGUUUGAAAACAUUUGCAAACAAGAUGCCAGAAAUAGGUUCUUGUAUAUGGUAACUGAAUGGUCUGCUGCACAUGACUGAGUUUUUCUAACAAGCUAUCGUUCUAUACACGUAAGCUUUGUAGCAUAGUAAGCUAAUAAUCAAGUAAGGCUGGUAGAGAGAAAAGUGAAGUUAGCUGCUUGCUACACGUCCAACUCACUUAACUACUCUCUGUUUUAGCUUAUAAUGGUAACGUAAUAUGACUAGUGUGGAAGAUUUCUUUGAAAAAUAAUAGAAUAAAUAUGUAAAUAUCUUCUUAAAUAACUUAGUUUUUUCCUGAAAUCCAGGGUAAUAACAGAGAGUUUCAUGCCCCUUUGAAGCAGUAACAGCCUCUACUUUUCUGGACAGGUUCCACAUUUGAACAUUGCAGUGAGGAUUUGAUUACAUUCACCCAUAAGCACAUUAGUGAGGUCAGGUACUGAUGUUGGAUGAUCAGUUCUGGAUCACUCCAACUCAAGUAGUUGAUGGAGUUCCAUCUCUCCAUUUAACACAGGUCCACUGCUUCACAGCCCAAUGCUGGGGGGCUUUACACCCCUCUGGUCAAUGAUUGGCAUUGGUGAUAGUGACAUUAGGCUAAAUGCUUUUCUAUGGAGAUUUUGCAAACUGUAAGACAUAUAGUGUAUUUACAUUAUUACUGUGCAAGGCAGGAGAGCUCCAAUACCAAAACUGAGAACCAAUAUCCUAGAUUUUCAUGGUGCAGUUCCAAAUGACACAAGCAAAAGCAGUGAAUUUCAUAUAAAUACCAAACAGAAACCUGGGCUACUUUGUUUGACCUACAUCUAUGUCCAUUAUCACUGAACUGUUGAUGCAGGCCUUUGAGGGAUCCUGGUCAAGAAUCAAUGCAACCUUUUCAUUUCAUGUUGUAAAAGUACAAGAGAAGGUGUAACUUCUGCUAUAGCAUUGUGGUGUGACAUGCUCUCGAAAAAGCCUGAAAUGGUCCACUGUAACGACAUAUCUAGGUGUUUUAAAUUCUGGAAUGGCGUAUAACACAUCUGUGUCACUCCAAAGACAGACGUUUCAGUUGCAGAUGAUAUUCAUGUUGCAUCUGCUUUUUGAAGCCAUGUAUGUGAGCUUUUUUUUUUUUAAGCAGUUUUAAGCCGUAUGCUAUGAUGCAGUGCAAUAAAAAUGUAA